AUGUGUUUCAAAUUGUGCUACACUGUUAUUUUCGGAUUUUUCAUCAUUUGUGGGUUAUAUGGUUUACAGAGGAUUUGGAUGGUGAGGAUGGAACAAGACAACCUUUUGGCCGCUUCCGGCACCAGAUUCGUCUCUGAUGCUUUGAGCACUGUAUGGAUUCGAUUUGUAUCGGACAUUGACUCUUUGAAUGACGUUGAAGGCCACCAUCCUGAAUUUGCGCAUCAACACUUUGGCGAUAAUGAAACUAUCUAUGGUUAUGAAGACCUUGCUGUAAAUGUAUACUAUUCGGAUGCAACAAUGUAUGUAUAUCCACAGCUGUCUUUUUCCAAAGCCGUCUCUAGUGUUGAGAAAGAUAUGAAGGAGGAUGACGUCAUUGGCAAGCUAAGAGAACAACUACCUAGUGACCAGAUGAAUAUGAUGAUGGAUACUAAAGAACAAUUCCAAGUAAUGUUGGCAAAACAGAAGAACUUCAAGCCUUUUGGAGAGCUAAUCACAAAAUUUACUGCUAAAGAAAAAUUUUUUGAACUGUACAAAAUCACUGAAAGCUCACCGGAUUUUGACAACUACCUCGCUAGAGUACAGUCGCUUGCUUUGUGGUAUAUCGAUGCCGCUCAAUAUACUGAUAAUGCCGACCCGCUGUGGAUGCAUUACUUUUUGUUCGAAUCGAAGGCAAAUGAUGCAGGAGAUGGAUCACGUGUGUAUUCUCUUGCUGGAUAUGCUUCUUUGUACAAAUUCUAUGCCUAUCCGGAUAGGAUAAGGCCUCGGGUUGCUCAAAUCAUGCUUCUGCCGCCCUUUAGGAAGUGUGGCAUAGGCGCCAAACUCUUGGAUACCAUAUAUAAGGAUCUUUGUUCAAUGAAAGAAGUUUUAGAUAUCACAGCGGAAGAUCCCGCCGACAACUUUGUUUUCCUUCGAGAUUAUGUGGAUUGCAUCAACUGUUCCAAACUUCCUGAAUUUGCACCUGAAAAGCUGAAAGGUGGUUACACUUUCGAAAUGAAAGAAGCAGCCCAGAAGAAACUAAAAAUAAAUAAGCGCCAGUCUCGUCGUGUUUACGAAAUUCUACGUUUAAAAUCCACUAACAUGAAAAAUGCUGAUGAUGCAAAAGCGUACAGGUUGGAUGUUAAGAGAAGGUUGGAAGCUCCUAUGAAGAGGAACGAACGAGACUGGAGGAAAAUCCAGCGGGCAUUGGACGAUCAGGAAUACGCACAGGUUGCUGCUUCAUGCGUUAACGAAGAACAGAAGAUGCAACAGCUACAACAACUGUACGAGGCAGAAAUAGAUGCCUAUAAAAUUACCAUACAGAGAAUGAUUGUACAUCCGGAAAUAUAAUUCGCUGUGUAUAACAUUCUUGCUCUUCCCGUGACAUUAGUUUGAUCUCUACACUCUCUUCAGUUGCCUACUUUGUAUAAAAUUCGCAUGCUUUCAUGAGUUUUCGUGUUGUUAUGAGAAUUAGUUAAUAAAAGUUAAACUUUG